AUGGAGGAGAAUGAUCAAACACAAGCUGGUCCUCAUCUGUGUCGCAAGGGAUGUGGCUUUUAUGGAAGCCCAAACUUUGAUGGUUUUUGCUCAAAGUGUCAUCGAGAUAUGCAAGAGGCAAACAAGCACGGUAACUCAGUUCCUGGCGACUUUGGGGAAGGCAUUUUGAAGUCAGCCAACACCGUUGUGUUCAACCCUUAUGCAGCAUCGAAUUCAACAGAUUCUGUAAUGAAUCAGGGGACUGAGGCUGCUGAAAAGUGUUCUGUUUCUCCUCCAUUUAAAGACGCAUCGGAUGACUCAAACAAAGCCAGUCUCCCAGUGAAAUGCUCGACCGUCAAUACCGGUGAAACAGAAACUACCUCAGGUGCAAAUGAAUCAGCGGCGAAAACUCGUCCACGUUGUAUGGUGUGCAAUAAACGAGUUGGUUUUACAUGCCGGUGUGGCGGUUUGUACUGUACAGUUCAUCGAUAUUCUGAUUCGCAUGACUGUUCCUUUGACUACCGAGAAUCGGGUCAAGCAGACAUCCGCAAGGCGAACCCUCAAGUGAUUUGUUCAAAAAUUAACAAAAUAUAA